AUGGAUGAAACCCCACUCGAUGACGCCGAAUUUCUGCAGCGCGCGGCACUAGAUUAUGGGUAUAUCGGUGUAAACCUAUCGCUCUUUGGAGUUGAGCGUAAACGCAAGGGCCCUUUCGUCAUCGUCAUAUUCACCAUUCUCUUCCUCUUCAUCACGAUGGCCACCAUUGACAGCGUUUCGUACAAAAAGUUUACCAUGGACACAGAGAUGAGCUUGCCAAAGACCUCCUGGUGGCAGGUAUAUGAUCCCUCGGAAGUGGUGGGCGUGGUGCUCUAUUCUUUACAGGCACCGACUCUGGGUCCUCCUCUUCCCGGGGCUUCUUCUCGUUGGUUCAUUUGCGGCGAUCCUGGUAGAGUCCGCUCUUCCGCUUGCGAUUACGGGCAUUCUCGCAUGUGUGCUACCGGCCUCGCCGCGGCCCAAGGAUGGAUCUGA